UCAAUAGAAGACAACAGACCUGAUCACAAGUCAUCAUGUCUUGGAAGCCAGAAGUGGAGCCAAAACGUGGAGACCUGAUUGAGAUUGACCGGACUGGCUAUCACCAUUGGGCUAUCUACAUAGGCGAUGGAUAUGUGGUCCACUUGGCUCCAGAAAGUGAGGUCGCAGGAGCUGGCCUCUAUAGUCUUCGUUCUGUCAUAUCUGACCAUGCAAUGGUGAAGAAGGAGCCUCUUCUGGAAGUGGUGGGGAACGAUGAGUACAGAAUCAAUAACAAGUAUGAUGGAAGAUUCCCGCCGCUCCCCGAGGAUGAGAUCAUCGCCAGGGCAAAGGCAGAGGUGGGGAGAGUGAUAGCCUACAACGUACUCUGUCAGAACUGCGAGCAUUUCGUCACUCGUCUGCGUUAUGGCACCGCAGUCAGUGACCAG